CUUCCUCCCCUCCUUCUAUUAGUUACUUUGUAUGUAUCCAACCCACAACAAUGACCUCAAUAUCAACAUCCACCCUCCCCACCAUCACCCGCUCCACCUUCAUCAACAGCACUUUCACCGAUCUCACCCCAUCCGAUACCAUCACCCGCAGCCAUCUCCGCGACGUAACCAUCACCUGCUCCAACAGUGCCAAAACCCCCACCAGCCUUCUCCGCUCCGCCCUAACAUCCUGCAUCGUCAAGCACUCAUCCACUUACCGCUCCAAGCUAAACCACACCACCCUCACUAACGCCAUUGUCUCCCGCACUGAAGCCACGCACACCUCUUUCGACAUCUACACCUACUCGCACCGGAGCACCCUCUCCAAUGUGAUUCUCCGCGAUCGCGCCUCUGUCAAGCGCAGCAAGGUGAAAGAUGCUAGUUUGUUGGGCGGGAGUUCUCUCUGGCGGAGUAAUGUGUCCAAGUGCAUGAUUGCGGAUGGGUGUCGGGUGCAGCGGUGCAAAUUGGUGGAUUGUGAGGUGAUGUGUUGUGUGCUGGUGAAGACGGAUCUGGAGGGGAUGGUGGUUAGGAAUGGGGUUUGGAAGGAUGGGGUGUUGGUGGGGAGGAAGAUGCAGAUUCCUGUUAAUGAGAAGAAGUUGGAUAGUAAGGAUGUGAAGUAUUGGUUGGAGGAAGAGAGCUCGGACGAAGAGGGGGCGAGGGAGAUGUCGCCGCCGCCGGCGUAUACGGCGUAGAGGUUGACGUUGGAAGCCCAUAUUGUGGUAAUUAGUUGUAUAUAGCAUUGUCCCAUGGGUUCUACUGGUAAAUUUUACGCUCUUUGAAGUCUUGCUGGCAUACUAUUGCAACGGAGUGCUACACCGGUUGGUGUACAACGAUCGCUCCAGGCAGUUGGCGAAAAAACACCAUUCCCCAGGUGGGUCUAGGAUCUAUGGAUGAUGUUGCCAUAGUCAGGCAUUGUCAAGCAAACAGUCAUAGCUAAUCAGGUUAAAAGAAUUGAUACGUUGUGGAAAGUAGUGACUUUCGCUUAAAACCCUGCAG